AUGUCCACUUCACUAUUGCAGAGAGAGCCUGAAACAGCAGAAGAUGUAUAUGAAUGUACUUCUGAAGAUCCUGAGAUAGAACAUUCCAAUGUUGAACCUGAUAUAGAAACUGAUAAAGAAAAGGUGUUAGUUGAUUAUCCUGCCAAAGAAAAGAGAAAAAUAAAAUUACCUCAACGUUUUCAAGUUUAUGAAAUUCAUUUUACACAAAUAAAUAUUUCAAAUAGUUAUGAAGAAGCAAUGUUAAGUAGUGACAGAAAACAGUGGGAGCUUUCUAUUAAAGAAGAAUUAGAAGCUCUUGAAAGAAAUAAAACUUGGGAUAUUUCUGAAUUACCAAAUGGGAAGCAAGCAAUAAAAUCAAAGUGGGUUUUUUAA